GUUUUUAUAGUUAUGGUACUAGAUAAGUAGAACUACAAUUCAGUUGAGCCUGAGGCUGAAAAAUGUCAAUGAUUGGAUAAUCUAGUGUAACAUAGUAAAAACAAUUUACAACCUUGAAAAUAGGACUGAAGAAGGUCCAUUGCCUGGCAAUGGUAUUACCCAUAUUGCUCGGAGGGCCAUGCCGUUGAUUCUUAUUAAAUUUCAGUCUUUGAAAUGAAUUGUACACUCCCUCCUUGACAAUGGGUAUGAAUCAAUCGCUUUUGAUACAUGGAUGUGAGUACGUGGGACCAAGCUUCAGAUUGAUAUCACCGACAGUCAGAGACUUUGUUUACAAUGCAUUGCUCCGCCUCCGCUCUCAGCUCUGUGUAUCGUGCAUGCACUACGUGUGCCAAGCUAGCUCAACACGUGUGCAUUGUCACUUCCGGGUUCAGGGGAGAACAAUAUUAUCAGGAAUUAGAUCAUUAUGGUGACGCUAAUACUCUCCAUCCUUGCUAUUUUUAUGGUGUUUAUUGUCUGUACCGUCAUCUGGGCAGUAUGUAGAUCCAUGGAGCCAACUAAGCAUAAGGUUUAAAGUAAAAAAAUACCCAAAGAUCAGGACGGAGUACUCCACAACCAGCGAUGCCGUCGAAAGAUCGAAAAAAGCCGCCACAUCGGGGCGGUGAAGGACGAUCACCCAUCAGCUCUGGGGGCACUGGCUCUGUUGAUUCUGCUACCCAAACCACUGAUCAAUACCCUCCGACCUUUAGACGUUCUAAACGGGGAAGAUGCCGGUGGAAAGGACUGACGUUUCUGUCCAUUUUGGUGGCCGUGGCUGCUGUGCUUGCUGGCAACUUCGCAAACAGAAUAUUGAUGGAGAAAUUUGUGAUGGAGGAAAUGAAGCUUACCAUUGGGGAGGAAGGAGUUAGCAUCUUCAAUGCUUAUGAUAGAGAUGGUGAUGGCCAUCUAAAUGUUAUUGAAUUUGAACCUCUCUUGGAAAGACUGAAUAUUGAAGACAGCACAGAGAGAGGAGACUUCUCCUAUGGUGAUGAGGAUCUGGACCCAGCUGAAGAGGUCUUGACUGUAGAAGCACACUAUAUUCCUCUUCAGCAAGACACCAUGUCCAAAUCAAAGGAUCAAUCAUUCUUGACCAGCAGGUCAUCUCUAUCCUCACUGGAUGGCUGGCAGACACCGAACGAACCGGUCACUGCCUUCCCAGCCAGUGCCUUCCGUCCACUCCUUCCAGAGAACCAUGUCCAGGUUGGCAAGGUCUACACCAUCAUCAAAUCUAAACUCAGUAUGAUGACCAACCAGCUGUCCAGUAACCGUUACUACCCACCAAGGGUCAAAGGCAAGGAGAUCAUCAUCCAUAGGCUACUCAGCGUCUUCCACUCAAGGCCGUUUGUCCACUCCAGGUUCGGUCCACAGGGCACCGUGGCAGUCGUGAAGGCGGUCAGUGCAGAAUAUCUUGAUAUUGUCUUUAGAACCCAUGCAGAGUUUCAGCUGAAUGAGCCACCGAGUCACCCAUUCUGGUUCACACCGGCUCAGUUCAUAGGUCAUCUUAUCAUCAGGAAAGAUGCCUCACACGUUGAGUACUUCAACAUGCAUGUUCCUUCAAAUAAGAGCUUGAAUGUUGAUAUGGAAUGGAUGAAUGGUCCCAAUGAAGUUGAAAACAUGGAGGUUGACAUAGGCUUCAUGCCACAGAUGGAACUCAAUGCUCCCAACCCAUCCUCUCAGGUGACUAUAUACUCAGAGUCAGGUGAUGUCAUCUAUCAACCGUCCAAUCAGCAAGAGACGUCAGGUGGGCCGAUCCAUUGGGAUGAAGAGAUUGAUAUGGAAGAGGCCCUCGGGGUGUUAGAGAAGGAGAUGUAUCCAUUUAAAAAGAUUGAAUAUAUUCCAUUGAAUGCAGCAUUUAAAAAGGCCCAGGCAGAGAAGAGACUGGUUCAUCAUAUCUUACUCUGGGGUGCAUUAGAUGAUCAGUCUUGCUGAGGUUCGGGGCGGACUUUACGAGAGACGUCUCUUGAAAGUCCGCCCGUUCUUCAGUUGCUAGGCAACCAUUUUGUCAGCAGCUGGUCACUUGUAGCUGACCUUGAGGUCAUCAAACAGAAUGAAAAUGACCCUCAGUAUGCAGCAUUAGCUUCUAUGUCAUUAGAAAAAUAUAAUUUUCCAGUAGAAAUGCUUAUAUCAUUGCCAAAUGGAACUGUUAUUCAUCACAUCAAUGCCAAUGAUUUGCUGGAUGCCAGUAAUAAUGAUAAUGCAGGCAUACUUGAUACAUUCACAGAUCCCUUGGUAACAAACUAUGCAAAGUUCUUAAAGGAAGGCAUCAGUAAAGCUGAGGCAGUUGGUUUCUAAUCAAACAAUCAAAGCAUCAAGAACUUCAAUCUCUUCUGGUAAUAAUUGCCAUAGUUAAAGUGAGACAGCAGAGAUACAUGACCUAGAUUUUCAGCUCGAUACCGUAUGAUUCAACAACUCAAUAGAUGGAAUGAGAGAAGGUAAAUUUCAGAACAGUCACAACACAGCACAUCUUAUGAUCUAGCUAUGCCAUCACCAAAUUGAAGAGACAUGACAUCAUAUCAAUACUGCUCUCUCAUUGGCUGGAAUUGUGAUCAAGCCUGUGACCUCUAAUGCUGGUGUAAAGGUUUGACCUAGUAAUCUUGACAAUAAUUCUUGCAAUUCACCUCAGACUUGUCUAUAACUAAUAAAAAGACAAUGGAUAUGUCGUCAUACUGCCUCUCACUCAGUCACAGACAAGUCAUUGACAAGCUAGAUCAUAUCGUAUUCUGUAGUCUUAAUCUGUCAAACUGAAAUUAGUCUUGAAGUCAUUCUCUAACUCUAUCAUAAUGAUUGAAAAACAGAAUAGGAAAGUUAGAAUUCGAAAGUUAAAUAUUUUUUAAAAAUUCUAAUAUGCCAAAGUAUUAAGCACAACAAUACAAUCAAUUAUGACAUUGACCAUCAUUGUAAAACUAUGGAGAACAAUUGAUUGUAUCUUUUUAGAUUACAGCGCCCAAUAAAUUAUCGUAUAUAGAUACUUGCUAAGUAGUCUGGUCCAUGUGUGUGUAGUAGCAAAAUGAUCUCAUGCUCAUUCUUGCCCUAACUCUGAUGGAAUUUCUUUUACAUGCCUUGAUAAUGGAAAUACUCUGUUGCACUUUAAGUUGUACUUUAGGUUUUUUUCAUUUGAAUAUUUAUUAUUGAUGAUUGUAAAUCAUGAACAGGUGCUUCUUUUCAUAUUUAGUCAUGAUUUUAGUAAAGGUUUGUUGAUGAGGGAUAUUUUGAAGAGAUAUGACACAUCUUAGAGUCUUGGACUAUCUUCCCUCUGAUUGGGCCUAUGAUGAUCUUGCCGUAAAGCUGCAAAGCAUGCUGGGUAAGAUUUGAUGCCAAUUUACCAAUCAGUACAGGGGAAUAGUCCAAGGAGCUAUAUGUAUAUUAUCUAAAUGAAGAUAGGUGACCUACAUUUUCCCAGUGUAUUUUUUUAUAGUAUUACUGGGAUGACAAGAUUCACCUUGAGAUAGGUAGAUAUUUUGAUAUUGGCAUUUAUUGUUUUAAAGUGUUUACACGCUUAACAUUUAUUGAUUGAUUACAGUGAAAGGAUAUUGUUUUCACACUAGUUUAUUUGAUAUUUUAUUUUUUAGCCAUAUUUUUUAAAGAGUCUAUACAUUUUUGUCCAAUAAAUGAUACAUAGUAUGAUAUGAAAUAAAGCAAUUCUGGUUUACUUUUUAAAAAGGCAUUAAUAUUUCAUCAGGGGUUUGAUUUGUGAAUUAGGAGACUCCUAAAAUCAUGUCAUUGGGGUCAUAUUUCUGGGUAUUGGUAUUUAACAAAAUUUAUAUCAAUGCUUUCUUUAAUCAUUGAUUAUAAAGAGAGGGGAUAAUUGAAGGGAGAUGAUGACAGAGAGGGUGAAAGAGGGUAGAAAGAGAGAGUAGGAAGAUAGGUAGAGAGGGAGGGAGGGAGAGAAAUAAGUGGAAGGAGAGAGAGUGUGAGUAGAAAGUGAGGGUGGGGGAGGGGGGAGAAAGAGAGAGAGGGGUAGGGGUACAUACAGUUGAUAUAAAGUAGAGUGUGCAAUGCAGUGACAAUGUUUGUGGAUUAAUCUAAGCAUUCCAGUAGUCCAACAACAUUACUUGGCUUGCUUUUAUGAAUUGACUAUACAGUGGUAAAUAUUUAUUAAUAGUUAUGAAAUAUUUCUUAAGCAUAUCUAAACAAUUUAUUUGAACUGUUUAUAAUAUAAGAAGGGUUUGUUUUGGUGCUGUAAAACCAUAAAUCUUGACAUCUCUUUCUUUAGUCCAUUGGAGAUUACAUGAUUGUGGUGAAUUCAAACAAAUACAAGUAUAGAAUUAUUGCGGUUUUUCAGGAUUUGAUAAAAUUUUGUUAUCAAAAUUAUUGUAAUGGAAAAUGAUUCUAAAGAUAAAAACAUCCCUACAUUAUUAUUCACUAUCACAUAGUUAGACUGACACAAUUUGAAAUGUAAAAUUCGUAUUUUGUAAAUUGUGAUCGUAUUGAAAAUUUGUUUUUUUUAGUGACUGAAUAUUCCAUGGUUUUUAAAUGCUAGAUGAGAUGAAAUCAGUAUUACAAUGAAUUAAUAAUGUCACCAAUGCAUUAUAUAUAUUCAUAAUUUUUAAUUUGUUAAUGAUAUAGUUAGAUGCAUUCCUUUGCCUUUGUGAAAGGCAUUUUAGUUUAUAUUUAUAUUUAUAUCUUGUGCUUUUGGGGCUACACAAAUUACAGUCUGAAAAAGUUAUGUUUAUGAUCUAAUUUCAUAAAAAACUCACUAUCAAACACAAAAUCAAAAUCGAGGUUUCCAUGACAGUUUGUAUAAUGGCAAAAUUACCAUCUGAAUUUGUUUAUUCAUUGGGACCAUAGAGAGUAAAAAACAUAAAUGACAUGAUACUCUAUCCAAUAAGUUAGUUCAAGUGAAUACUUUUUUCUUUCUUUUAAGUAGAUGUGAUUCAGACUAGACAUUAUUGAAAUAUUAUCUAUUCAUUUAAAUAAUUGAUAAAUAACUUGUAUUAGGUUUUGUCACUAGGGGGCCAGUAAUGGUGUGUGCCUCUGCAAUAUUUGUAAAUUUGGUACUUUUGUGAUUGGUUGUGCAACUAUUUGCUAUCAUUGAGAUUGUGUGCCAAAUGCAUGUAUUUUGUUUGUAAAAUGGUCACAAAUGUUCACACAACCAACUGUGAAAACCCCUUAGAUAAGUAGAGCCAAAUUAUUUAAUAGAAAACAAUACUAACAUAUGUAAGGUUUUUCAAUCAUGCUUUAACUCUUUGUGGAGAGAAAUGGAUUGGAAUUUUUACCUGUAACUAAUCAAUGAAAGUAAAUAAAACCAUUGAAAAAAUGGUAAAUAUAUGACUGGUUAUUUUUCCUUGGCUUUUGAUAUCAUGAAAGAGAGAUCUACAAGUGAAAACAUAUGUAUAAUAAAUUAUUGACUGCUCUUUUA